AUGGCGGGUUUUCGAGACGAGGAUAAGGCUCUAUUUCCCAUCCAGAGUAUUUCUUCGAUCGUAAGGAUCUUUCAAAACCAACUGGUAAACAACUUGGAACCGGACUUGGCUUUGCUCUCGAUCCUCGUCGGCGCAGUCGAGAACUCCCUAACCUGCAAUCGAACAUUUGCGUCGCAGGAGAGCACUGUUUACGACGAGCCGAAAUUGCCGGCCGUAGAGUUUCACAUCGCUGAAGCACUUUACACAAAGUUUCAUGCUGUGAUCAAGGGUGCGAUCGAUCUUACCGUUUACGACACCAAAUACGCCACACGAGAGCUCGUAAAAAAGGUCUCCGAUGUGAUAUGGAACUCUCUUACCAGAAGCUACUACAAGGAUCGCGCACACUUACAAAGUCUUUAUAGCUACCUCACAGCAAAUAAAUUGGAUUGUUUCGGCGUGGCGUUUGCCGUGGUUGCUGGCUGUCAAGUACUAGGAUUUAAAGAUGUGCAUCUUGCCAUGUCCGAAGACCAUGCCUGGGUGGUUUAUGGGGAAAAUGGAAUUGAGACUGCAGAAGUUACAUGGCACGGAAAAGGAAACGAGGAUAAGCGUGGCCAACCAGUGGAACCUGGUGUAGCUUCUCGAUCGUGGUUAUACGUGAACGGGCAAGCGGUUGUAUGCUCCAGAGCUAUGGAAGUUGCAACUAUAGUAUCUGCUAUAAAUCCUAGUUUAAGCGCCACUGCUGAUGCUGCAGAAGUGGCGUUACUUCAACAGGAGCUGUUGUGGUUGCUGUACGAUUUGGGUCAUCUCGCUAAAUAUCCCAUGGCCCUCGGCAAUCUCGGUGAUCUCGAGGAAGCGGCGCCCACUCCGGGCAGACCUCCCGCCAUAGAUCUUUUCCAGGAAGCUAUACGAUCGGCGAGGAAGUAUUACGGGAAUGCUCACGUGUAUCCGUAUACUUAUCAAGGCGGCUACUUGUACAGACACGGACUGCACGCUAACGCGUUGGCGUCGUGGGCGGACGCAGCAGACGUUUUAAGAAAGUACGACUAUUCGAGGGACGACGGAGAGAUAUACAAAGAAUUGUUGGAAAUAGCAAACGAGUUGAUACCGCAUACGGUACGAGCUGACGAACGUCUGUUACGACAGCCACGGUGUUUCGCGUACUUGUUGAGGUUCUACGACGGUAUCUGUCAGUGGGAGGAAGGAGCGAACACACCUGUUCUGCAUAUAGGAUGGGCUCGACCAUUGGUCAACACUAUUUCAAAGUUCGAUGCCAGUAUUCGCGCUCAGGUAAUUAUCGAUUGUUACGACGCUGAGGCGAAACAGGAGGAGGAUAAAUCACAGAAGAGGGAAACGAGCCCGGAAGAAGCGUUGAACAACAACAACAACAACAAUUACUGCAAGACUAAGGAGAGAGGGAACGCGGCGCGCGAUUUGAUCAAAAGCUUAGAGUCUAAAGUACCGUCUAACCCAGCACCGAUGCAUCCCAGUAUUCAAGCGUUGACAGCGGCAUGCAGCGAGAAAAUACUUAACAGAGAUUACCUGUUGCAAGGUGGCGGAGAACCGUUCGUAGCUCCGCCGGACGAUGCCUUGCCUCCGGCACCUUCCACUUCUCAGGAGAACCUCGAUCCCGAGGUUGAGACUGAUUCCGAGCACGAGAGGCCAAGGAUAACGUUGUACAGUCAGAAGAUGAAGGGUCUGAAGGACUUGUUGUUGGCUGAAAAGUUAAACACGCACGCGAUUUCGUUGCAGCUAACCGCACAGAGUCAGGUACAAAUCGGUAAAAAAUCGCGUGGCACCGACGAGGUCGGAGUCAGUCAGCGUCCUAAGAGGACGCGACGCGAAUAG